UACCAUGCACAGAAAGGAAGAAAACCUUGGGUUCAGUUAUUAUGUCUUUUUUAAUCUAAUUUUAAGCUACUUCAUGUUUGAAGGUAAAAAUUCCCACAGUUCAUGAAUGUGCUUUAAGGAUGUCCUUGGCUCAGGGAGUCCUGUCUGACACUUUCACACACAUUUAAAAAUCUUUGCUGAACUGGAAUAUGUCAAUCAAUGCAUUUGCUGAUUUUUCUUCUUUUUUUUGUUAUCAUUUUCUUUUAGGCUGGGGCCAGGGAAGCCUUGAAGUACAGCCCAGAUUUAUCCUUCUCAUUAAACUGAUCGCUCCUGGGCAGGAUUGCUCCCGUUUUUCCCCCAGCUGAGCUCCCCAUGCCCAUGGUGCUGCCGAGGGGGGCUGAGCAGGGCCAUGCAUCAUCUCUUCGGGCUGGUUUUGGCACACAAGGACCUGUCCCGGGCUGGGGAUCUCUUCUCCCUGGAGGAUGCUGAGAUCGAGGGCAGCCUCUCCGAAGCUCUUGAACAGAUCAGGAUCAUUAGUUCAGCUGCAGACUACCAGACCAACGACAACGACCAGGCAGUGGUGGAGAUCUGCAUCACCCGGAUCACCACGGCCAUCAGGGAGACUGCCUCCAUCGACAAGCACGGCAAGGCCCUGGUGGCCCUCUGGGAGUCCUGCCUGGAGCACAACCUGAGGCCCUCUGGCAAGGACGAGGAUGCCCCGCAUGCCAAAAUUGCAUCUGACAUCAUGAGCUGUAUCCUGCAGAAUUACAACCGGCCCCCAGUGAUGGCCUUGGCCGUGCCAGUGGCAGUGAAAUUCCUGCAGAGGGGCAAUCAGGAGCUGUGCAGGAACAUGUCCAGUUACCUGUCCCUGGCUGCCAUUGCCAAGGCAGAGCUGCUGGCUGAGCACACAGAAACCAUCCUCACCAGUGUCCUUCAAGGGAACUCGCUGCUGCUGCGGGUGCUGCCCGCGCUCUACGAGCAGCAGCCGCAGCCCAUCCUCGCCCGCCUGCGGGACCUGGUGGCACCCAUGGCCCGGCUGGACCCGCCCGAGCAGCUGCACCUCCUCAGGCUCCUGCACGCCGUGGCCAGGAACAGAGAGCUGGGGGUGCUGAAAGAGUGUUUGCCAUUUUUAUUUGGACACCUGAGGGACCCGAACCACAGUGAGGUGAUUCUAAACAUCCUUCUGGAAAUCUCCAGCUACGAGCCUGCAGCCCUGGCCCCUUUCCUUCCCACGCUGAGGGAAAUUGGUGAGAGCUUUCCCAGUUUGAUUGGGCAGACAGCAAAGAUCUUCGGAGCUGUUGGACAUCUCGAUGAGGAGCGAGCCAGAGCGUCCCUGCUGUAUCUGGUGAACCAGCUGGCCAGCAUGGAGCACUCCUUCCACCACAUCCUCCUGCUGGAGAUCAAGAGCCUCACGGACACCUUCUCCAGCAUCCUGGGCGCCCAGAGCAGGGACAUUUACCGCAUGAGCAACAGCUUCUCUGCCAUCGCCAGGCUGCUCGCGCGGCAGCUCGACGCCGACGGCGCCGCGCCAGCCAGGAUGGAAAACGACCCUGAGGCAGAACAUCCUGUGCCACUGGAUGAUUUAAAAUCUGUCGUGAAUGGCAGUGAGGAAGAUGAAAAGCUGCAAGUUAAAAUCCAGGCUUUUGAAGAGAAAAUAAAUGUGGACAACAGCACCCCUGGCUCAGUGAGGAGAUACAGCCUGGGCCAGGUUUCUAAAGAAGAAAGGAAGGAUAUGAGGUUUAACAGGUCCAAGAGCCUGGCCCUGCACGCGCUCAGGAUGAAGGGGCUGAGCUCGGAGGGAGGCCCUGACGGGGAGAUCCCUGCUGGCAUCUCCUUCUCCGAGAUCUACCUCAGCCAGGAACACGAGAAGGGGCCUGUGGGGGCCCACCCCGAGGCGGUGGCCGUGGGGAACCCCCUGGUUUCACAGCAAAGUGCAGAUCACCCCCAGGCAGCCAGCCCAGGACUGACCCCGGAGAUGGCCACGGAGGGCACGGCAGAGGCGGCCACGGGGGCUGGGGAAUGCCAGGACAAGCUGUACCUGCACCUGAAGGAAAACCUGGGCAAAGUGAAGGAGUAUGUGAUGGAGAUGGGGAGGAGGAUUCCCAUCCCUGAGCAGUGUGUGAUCGAAGACACUGUCCAAAGCUGUGUGGCAAAGCUGUUCUUCAGCUGUCCCCUGAAGGGCCACUACUGCCUGUACAGCAAAUCCAGCUUCACCCUGGUGAGCCAGCAGCCUCCACUCUGGAUCCACAUCAUGUUCCUGUUCCAGCAGAGCCUGUUUGCAGAACCUUUGUCCACUCAAAGCAGCUCUGUGCAAGUCCUCAAGGCCCUGUGGGAGAAGACCCAGCUGAAGGGGACGCACAGCUUUGAGACUGCCAUGAUCCAGUCCACGUUCCCCCAGCAGAAGGAGCUGGAGAACGUUCAGAUGCAGCUGCAGGACGUGAGGUUCUUUGAUUUGUUUGGCUACAGCGAGGAGGCAGGAGCCUGGCAGUGCUUCAUGUGCAACAACCCCGAGAAGGCAACAGGGGUGAACCAGGACGGGCAGCCCCUGAUGGAGGGCAAGCUGAAGGAGAAGCAGGUCCGCUGGAAGUUUAUCAAGAGGUGGAAGACGCGCUACUUCACCCUGGCUGGCAACCAGCUGCUGUUCCGCAAAGGCAAAUCCAAGGACGACCCCGACGAGUGCCCCAUCGAGCUGAGCAAGGUGCAGAGCGUCAAAGUGGUGGCCAAGAAGCGGCGGGACCGGAGCCUGCCCCGGGCCUUCGAGAUCUUCACGGACAGCAGGAGCUACGUGUUCAAGGCCAAGGACGAGAAGAACGCCGAGGAGUGGCUGCAGUGCCUCAACGUGGCCGUGGCGCAGGCCCGCGAGCGCCAGAGCCGCGAGGCCACCACCUACCUGUAACCCUGUCACCCUGGGGCCACCUCCUGCCUGUCACCCUGGGGCCACCUCCUGCCUGUCACCCUGGGGCCACCUGUAACCCUGGGGCCACCACCUACCUGUAACCCUGUCACCCUGGGGCCACCUCCUGCCUGUCACCCUGGGGCCACCUCCUGCCUGUCACCCUGGGGCCACCUGUAACCCUGGGGCCACCUCCUGCCUGUCACCCUGGGGCCACCUCCUGCCUGUAACCCUGGGGCCACCUGUAACCCUGGGGCCACCACCUACCUGUCACCCUGGGGCCACCACCUACCUGUAACCCUGUCACCCUGGGGCCACCUCCUGCCUGUCACCCUGGGGCCACCUGUAACCCUGGGGCCACCUCCUGCCUGUCACCCUGGGGCCACCUGUAACCCUGGGGCCACCAAACCACGCCCGUGUGGCGCCAGGGGACAACCACGGGGCCACCCCCAGACCCUGUGGGACAGCCAUGGGGAGCAGGGGGAGCUGCCUGCAGAGCCCAGGGCCUGAGGGACAAGGACACCUGCAGGGACCCGGUGCCACCGUGGGAGCACAGGUGACACUGCCCGGGGCAGCAGCAGCUGCCACAUUCCCUGGGGAGAUCCAGGGUUUUUCCCAGCCUGAUGAGGAAAGCCAGGGAAUGUGUUAGAAACCCAACCUUGGCCUGAGGUGCACCAGGCCUCUGACACUGCCAAGAGAACUCCAGGAGUGAGGACCUUCUGCUUUCCUCCAUCAGCUUGAUGUAAAAAAGGUAAUUUUCCUUAUUUAAUGCUGGUGGACUUUAUCCUUUUAUUGUUUAUGUGUGUCUGUGCUGCUGCUUUCAGGUUUAAAUUGGGAAAUUUGAAAGAUUUUGUACAGCUGGAAAAUAAUUUUUAAUAUUUAACUGGUUUGAUUUUCCCUCUUUUUCCUGCUUUUGCUCUACUUUGUAACAUAAUGAAAUUUUCAAAAUUUUUUUAAUUCUCUUCUCCAUUUUGUAACUUUUCCAAAUUUCUGCAAAUCUGGAAAAUUCCCAGUGUGUUUGAUUUUCUUUGUUACUUUCAAAUGAUUCCAAAGUGGAGGAAGUGCUGUAGAAGAGACUGAAAGGAAAAGAUGAGAGAAAAAAAAAAAGAAAAAAGAAUGAGCAGUUUGCAAGCGAAGAAAUGAGCUCAGAGAUCAUUCAGAGCUGAGUAAAAAUAAAACUUGAAAUUUUCCAACCUAGCAAAAUGUAUCUUUGGCAAAAAAAUGUUGCUGGAAAUGUGGAAGAAUGAGGAAAAAUGAGGAAAAAUGAGGAAAAAUGAGGAAAAAUGAGGAAAAUGCUCUUUCCUGUACCUUCCCUUCAGUGGAUGCAGGGCUGGGGCAGGGAUGUUCCAGCCCCAGUCUGGCUGUGGAGUGUGUGAGGAGGAGGAUGGGCUGAGGCUGGACAAGGAUGGAGGGAUGGAGGUGCUUUGGUUGCUGCUCCCUCGGUGUGGUUGCUCCCCAGGGUUGUGGCCGGAGCUGGGGAUCUUGUCCCAGGAAAUGCAGAUGUUUGCAGAUGUUUGUCCCUGGAGUCAGACCCCUCCGAGCACUGAGUGCUCCUGGUGUUUGCCUGCCUGGCUGCCAGGGCUCUGUCACUUGUCAUCCUGACAGGGAAGGUGCCAGUGCUUGGGGAUGAACGUUUACCCACAUUAGAAUGAGGAGAAAUGGAUUUCUGGCGGCAGGGAGUGCCUGAGCUGUGCUGCUCAGAGCCCAGGGCUGCCCCGGCCCUCCCAGGAGCUGCACACAGGGGCUUCUCCACCUGAGCCAUGCAAACACCCUCAAACUCCAGGACAAACCCUGGCCUUGGAGCUGUGCCAGGAAAAGGGAUUGCCACGGACAGGGAAAGGGAACUCAGGCUGGACUGGAAGGGCUGUUUGCCUCCUCUGGGUCUGCCUGCACUCCUGGGGAUCUCUGUGUCCCCCUGCUUGCCUUUUUUUCCCGUAAUUUUGAAUCACUUCCCAUGAUGGUGGCCCCAGGGGACAGUGGUGCUCCGGGAACUUGCAGGAAGAGGGUGAGGCCACAGGUGGGCUCAGCACAGGGAGUGCAGGGCAGAGAGUAAAACCCAAAAACCUCAAAACUGGCUCCAGACUUCCCAAAGCUCUUGGGAAAGAUGUGAAAUGUUCAAAUUCCUGAAAAUCCUCGUAUCAACUAAAACAUGGGGAUGAGUGUCAGAUCCUGGA